GGGCCCCCGGACUUGAUGCUGGACCCCCGGACGGUGUGCGUUUGUAUGGACGAGGUGGUCAACAAGCGGCCGGCGGGCAGCCAGCAGACGCCGCUGCUGCAGGGACACCUGAAGAAGGUGGACAACAACCUGACGGAGGCCCAGAGGUUCUCCUCGUUACCGCGGAGACCGGCCGUCAACAUCGAGUUCAAGGACGUCUCGUACUCCGUCAGAGAGGGACCCUGGUGGAGGAAGAAAGGUUACAAGACUCUGCUCAAAGGAAUCUCUGGGAAAUUCACCAGCGGGGACCUGGUGGCCAUCAUGGGCCCCUCCGGAGCCGGGAAAUCCACCCUCAUGAAUAUCCUGGCCGGAUACAGGGAGACUGGAAUGAAGGGGGAGAUCCUGAUCAACAGUCAGCCCAGAGACUUGCGCUCCUUCAGGAAGGUUUCCUGUUACAUCAUGCAAGACGACAUGCUGCUGCCUCACCUCACCGUCCAAGAGGCCAUGAUGGUUUCAGCCAACCUGAAGCUGCAGGAGAAGGUGGAGGCUCGCAGAGAGAUGGUCCGGGAGAUCCUGAUGGCGCUGGGUUUACUGGACUGUGCGAAAACCAGGACGUCUCACCUGUCGGGAGGUCAGAGGAAGAGACUGGCCAUCGCUCUGGAGCUUGUCAAUAAUCCUCCAGUCAUGUUCUUUGACGAACCCACCAGCGGUCUGGACAGCUCGUCCUGUUUCCAGGUGGUGUCUCUGCUGAAGGCUCUGGCUCAGGGGGGACGGACCGUCAUCUGCACAAUCCACCAACCCAGCGCCAAACUGUUCGAACUCUUCGACAAGCUGUACGUUCUGAGUCAAGGGCAGUGUAUCUACAGAGGGAAAGUCUCCAGUCUGGUUCCCUACCUAAGAGACCUCGGACUCAACUGCCCUACCUACCACAACCCUGCUGACUUCGUGAUGGAGGUGGCGUCUGGAGAGUACGGGGAUCAGAUGGUCCGACUUGUGAAAGCCGUCCAGGAGAGGAAGUGUGAGAAGGAUUAUCAGACUGAACUGAACGGAGUUACCAACCUCCACCCGCUCCUGUGGCAGCGCACAGAAGAGGAGAGUUCGUCGUCUGAAGGUUGUCACAGUUUCUCAGCGAGCUGUAUGACCCAGUUCUCCAUCCUGUUCAGGAGGACGUUCCUCAGCAUCCUCAGAGACUCGGUGCUGACUCACCUAAGGAUCUCCUCUCACAUCGGGAUUGGGGUCCUGAUCGGCCUGCUGUAUCUGGGCAUUGGGAACGAGGCCAAGAAGGUUCUCAGUAACUCUGGGUUCCUCUUCUUCUCCAUGUUGUUCCUGAUGUUCGCUGCUCUAAUGCCUACAGUGCUCACAUUUCCUCUGGAGAUGGGAGUUUUCUUGAGGGAACACCUGAACUACUGGUACAGUCUGAAGGCUUAUUACCUGGCCAAGACCAUGGCUGACGUCCCCUUCCAGGUAAUAUUCCCGGUGGUGUAUUGCAGUAUUGUCUACUGGAUGACGGCUCAGCCUCCAGACGCCGGGCGCUUCUUCCUCUUCCUGUCUCUGGGAGUUCUGACCUCUUUGGUGGCUCAGAGUCUGGGUCUGCUGAUCGGCGCCGCCUCCACCUCUCUGCAGGUGGCGACGUUUGUUGGUCCGGUCACAGCAAUCCCUGUUCUGUUGUUCUCGGGGUUCUUCGUCAGUUUCGACACCAUCCCCUGGUACCUGCAGUGGAUGUCCUACAUCUCCUACGUCAGAUACGGUUUCGAGGGCGUCAUCCUGUCUAUCUACGGUCUGGACCGAGAGGAUCUUCACUGCGAUGAAGAUGAGACCUGUCACUUCCAGAAGUCUGAGGCCAUCCUGAAGGAGCUGGACAUGCUGGACGCCAAACUCUACCUGGACUUCAUCGUCCUCGGCAUCUUCUUCUUCUCUCUGAGGCUCAUCGCUUACUUCGUUCUCCGCUACAAGAUCAGCGCUGAGAGAUAGACGAGGACCAGGAUCAGGAGGAUGAUUGACAGGAGGAGAGCAGCAGCGUCCGGCGUUUAGGACAAAACUUUUA